CGAUGACAUUUUACGUUCUAAAUGUUGUAGAAUAAUAUACAAAUUUUAUUAUUUAUCGUUUAACACGUAGUAAUAUUAGUAAUAACACGUAGAAAUCAUGUUUAAGUUUAACAGUUUGAAUGGAAAAUCAUUUGUAAAUUCCCUCUGUAGUCCAUAUGUGGACUUUGUGUAUAUAAAAAGAUCUAAACAUCAACUUAAAAAAUGGUAUCAAGCUCUAGAGGUUUCAGAAGAUUGUGAAGAUGAAGCAUUAAGGCUAGCAUUUGUUUAUCUAGCAAAAAGAUUUCAUCCGGAUAGUGGUACAUCAGAAGCUAAUGCAGCCAAAUUUUCUGAGAUUGAAAAUGCUUAUAGACAGAUCAGAAAAGCCAGAAUGGAACAGAAAGAAAAUAAUGCACAGUUACCUGAAGUUGAGGAAUUUGAUAUUAGACAUACUGCACCGCAACAUCGUCAUUAUUUAGCAUAUAAUGUAGGGGUUGGAACCCCUAGUAAAAGACAAAAAUGGUAUACUAUAGAAAAAGCUCAAAAAGCCGUCGAUAAUGUAAUGGAACAUAGAUUAAAAAAAUUACAAGCUGAAGAACGUAACACGUUAGUUGGGAUGGAUAAACAACGCGCAAAAGAUAUUAAAACACGUUUAGGUAUGGAUCGUCUGGUGGAAGAUUUAAUUCAAGAAGCAAUGAAUAAAGGUGAAUUCAAAGAUUUGCCAGGCAUGGGUAAACCAUUAAAAGAAAAUAUAAAUACCCGGAAUCCAUACGUUGAUUUUGUUACGUAUAAAUUGAACGAGAUAUUAAUAGAAAAUGGAUUCACUCCUGAAUGGAUACAGUUAUCUAAGGAAAUUAGAGAACAGAUACAAGAUCUUCAAAAACAGUUAGCAGAAGCGCGAAAUAACGUGGGUCCUAUUCCAUUAGAUUUUAAAGAAGAAGAAACUUGGAAUAAUAUUCUAGAUGAAUUUAAAUCUACAAUAAAACAAAUAAAUAAUAAAAUUGAUAAAUACAACUUAUUGGUGCCUGUACUUCAGAAACAAAUGUUUCAUAUUAAAUUAGACGAUCUCGCGAAAGAAGCACUUGCUAUAGCACCCAACAAAAUAAAAAAGUAUUCUUAUUCAAAAAAUAAAGAUUCUAAUUUUAUUGCUAACAAAGAUGGCAGCAUAUUUGGAUUUAUAUUUUCAAUUUUCAAUAAAAAAUUGCCUUAAACAAUA